AUGGAAUGGAUCAUGACUGAGCCGGUGACUAGGAUCUGCCAACCGUACAGCGAGAGGUUUCUUGGCGUACUCUUGACGGUCUUGCAAGCAGAGCCAAAGUACGUGGGGGUGACUCUUGACCGGGCCGGCAUCAUGACAGUUGAGACGCCAGUUGAUAUACAAGUUGAGGAGACAGCCGAUAGCGUUGAAAGUGAUCUUGCUGAACAGCCGACGAGGCGUGUCUUUAUCCACGAUGACAUGGCUGCCGAGGCAUCAAGUCGAUCAGCUCGCAGCGAUUCAUCCGUCACCUUAGCCGCCGACGAUGUAGCCUAUGGCCAGUAUUCGGUGUCGUCAAGUACCCCACGGGCCUCCGGCCACUUGCCGUUCACUCCCCGACGAACACCCGGUGCAGCACAGUUUGUCACUCCCAAUCGCGCCCUACCAGACCAUGUACUCGAUAUGCGGUACCUCAAUCUCCUGCGCAGCGUGGUGAAUGCGGCCAGAACCUCCUCAUUUCCAAGAAAAGAUGCCCUCGACGUGGUCACCUUAUCCAACUCUGCCGGUGCAGACGGCGAGACGUUCGCACUCGGCGGUGUCGAUAAGCUUACCCGAGACCAGAUGAUCGGCGCAGCAGGCGAGCUCUUCGUCUUCGAGACACUAUCCCGUCUAAGCCCAUCUCUACCCCGUUUCUCCCGCCACAACUGGCAGAGCACCAUCCGAAAACACGUCAGCAUCCACGAGGACUACACUGACUUGACACCGUGGUAUGGUCGCGAGACCACUGAUAUCACCUACGCCGAUAGCGAAGGCGUCUUCACCGCGUUGCUCAUUGCCACCGGGUACCUGGAUGAUAGCUGGACAGGUGCAAAACCGGACUAUUUUCUAGAAGUGAAGUCUACGACGUCGCAGUGCGAGACGCCGUUUUACGUGAGCAAGGCUCAGUAUGACCGGAUGCAAACGAUGCGAAAUGUAGCCGACAACCCGAUUGAUCGGGCGGCUGUGUACAUGAUCUUCCGGCCGUACUAUAUAGGGCGCGACUCGAUUCGGAUGAAGAUAUAUGUUAAUCCGGCGCUUAUGGAGGAGAGGGGGGAGUUGGUAUUCGCGGCUGAGACGUGGUCUGUUGUCCCAGCAUUAGCCGGGGAAGUAGCUACUUAG